AUGGCUGAGCAAGCCAGAGUCUCUGAAGCGCACCAAGAUAUGCUCCGACAAGCGUCGGAGGCGAUGCGUCAGCAAAACUACAAGGUAGAAGAGCUGAAUCAAAAAGUUCGCCGCGACAGCGAACGAUGGGGUUUAUUUGCCGAAGCGACGAAUCAGCGUUCGGCAUUUUCGACUGGCCGAGCGACCGAAGCGCCUCGGCUGGAGAACCUGAUGGGCGUCCAGCAAGUGCCGUUGGCGCCCACGUACAAGGGAAGCACGAAGCGCGAGCGCCGCGAGUUCAUGGACGAGUACCUCGCGUACUCGCGGCGCGUGGAAGUGCUUAACCGCGGCAUGGGCGGACGGUGGCUUCUGCAAUGGAAUGGCCGAGACAAGGUGGGGUUCUAG